AUGCGUCGCCAUGGCAGGUCCAGUGGUGGUCCAACAAAGGCUGUCUCGCCCUUGUCCGACACUGUAUCCCUCAUACGUUCGUUCGAUUCGGUCAUGAACCCAAACCGACCCGCGCGUCCCUCGCCCUUGGCCUCCUCCCACAUCAAAGCUUUGCCUUUGGAACUGAUAGAUCGGUUGCGGUCUUUCCCACUGUUUCAAUCUACUCCAGAAUCCUUUUUGAUCGAGGUCGGACAGCAUCUGCGCCCACAGCUCCAUGCACCCAACGAUUACAUCUUGACGGAAGGCGAUGAGGCAAAGGCAAUAUACUGGCUGGUGCGGGGUGCCGUUUCGGUCACAUCUCGGGAUGGUGAAAGUAUAUACGCCGAGCUUAAACCCGGUGCGUUCUUCGGGGAGAUUGGAUUGCUCAUGGACCGUCCUCGCACUGCAACCAUUAUCGCCCGGACUCGAUGCAUGCUGGUCGUGCUCACAAAAGAGGACUUUCGGAAUAUAUUGCCUCGGUUUCCGGAGGUCGAACGGGCGAUUCGGGAGGAGGCGCAGGAGCGAUUGAUGAUUUUAGAAAAGAAAAAGAAAGAAACCUCCGCGCCCGCACUGGAUUUACCUAGCCCGGCGCGAAGGGGCUCAAAAAGAUUGCGUGAGAGCUUUUCCAAGGAUUUAGCCGUUGCAGAGGAUGAUGGGGACUCGAGUGCCAAGUCUGUGUACAAGAAGAGGAAGUCACCGAGCCCCGGUCGGCGGGAUAGCUCCAGUGCGUUGGCAAAUGGAUUGGUCAACGUACGUCUCUUACUUAAGGAGCUGCCACUUUUUUCCGGUUUGCCUGCCGAUAUCCUUCAUUACCUUGGUCUCAAUGCCCAACCGUGUUCUUUUCCUCCAUUUACCGACAUCAUAAAACAAGAUUCCCAGGGCCGUGAGCUCUACUUCAUUGUUCGCGGCGAGGUGGAGGUUCUUACGGAAAAGGACCAUUCAUCAGAAAACAAAAAUGGUCCAAAUGGGCUCAUUGAACGGCCCGGAAUUGAGGUUAAAGCUAGGCUGAAGCAAGGCCAGUACUUUGGCGAGGUGGUCAGUCUAGAUUUAGCACCUCGGAGAACCGCUACAGUUCGAUCUGUGACUUCAGUUGAGUGCUUGAUGCUCAGUGGCGACGUUCUUGCUGAAUUUUGGGAGAAAUGCCCUAGCGGCGUACGGGAACAAGUCGAACGCACUGCCCAAGCAAGGAUCCAGGGGGCAGCGGACGGUGAUGUUGUCAUGUCUGACGAUGCAGAGCCACAACCAUCUAUGGGUAAUCUCGCCCUCGACGACAAAGUAAAGAUCGCAUCAUCACGGCGACGGUCAAUGCCUCUACUUACCCUCACUGAAACGGAACUGGAUGGACCACAUCAGUCCUCACGCGUUGAAGACGAAGAACAGGCUGUGUUACGGCCCUCCGAUCCAGACCCUUACUUCAGCAUGGGUCUGGAUAAAGUCCGGAUGCGAAGUCGACGCGGCUCGCUAGCACCAUUAGCCCCCGAGGAGGUAUCAGGGGAGCAGCAGCGGCCAUCUUCUACGGAGCCACGCUCUGCCAGUUUUUCAACCAUCGCCCUUCCCGAAAAUGACAACCUCUCCAAAUCAUAUCAGACUGAACGGCCCCGGAUUGAUGGCUCCAAUGGAUUAUUGCCGGACAGUGUACUGCUGAACGUCUUUCAGUUCCUUGAGCUCCACCAACUUCUUCGGCUUAGGGCAGUUUCGUCCCAUUGGUCACAGCUCUUGAAAAAAUCUGCGGACGUGGUUCAUGAUUUAGAUUUGAGCGUCUACAACCGUAAGAUUACAGAUGACGUUCUUGUUAAGAUUAUUUGUCCAUUUGUGGGCAAUCGAGCCCGAUCGGUCAAUAUCAACAAUUGCUUUCACAUCACCGACGAAGGCUUCACGGCAUUGUCUGCGACUUGCGCCCCUAAUACAACCGUGUGGAAGAUGAAGAGUGUGUGGGAUGUCACGGCCUCUGCCAUUCUCGACAUGUCUAGCAAGGCCACUAAUCUGCAGGAAGUAGACUUGAGCAAUUGCCGCAAGGUCGGAGAUACACUUCUUGCCCGGAUCAUUGGAUGGGUAGUGCCUGCCGACCAGAAAAUGGGCGAGAAACAGUCAUCGAUCAAACCCACAAUCCAGACAGCAGAACGUACUGUGUACGGCUGUCCAAAGCUGAAGAAACUUACCCUCUCGUACUGCAAACAUGUCACCGAUCGAUCUAUGCAUCACAUUGCGUCUCAUGCCGCUGGUCGGAUUGAGGAAAUGGAUUUGACCCGUUGCACCACUAUCACAGAUCAGGGGUUCAAAUACUGGGGGAAUGCGCAGUUCACCAACCUGCGAAAGCUUUGCUUGGCGGAUUGCACGUACUUGACGGACAACGCCAUAGUCCAUCUAACCAACGCGGCUAAGAACCUGGAAGAGUUAGAUCUGACUUUUUGCUGCGCAUUGUCAGAUACAGCAACCGAGGUGCUUGCAUUGCAGUGCUCACAUUUGAAGUAUUUAAACAUGGCCUUCUGCGGCUCUGCAAUUUCCGAUCCUUCUCUCAGGAGCAUUGGUCUUCACUUACUUUCUCUCCAACAUCUAUCGGUCCGUGGCUGCGUUAGAGUUACUGGAGUUGGCGUCGAGGCUGUCGCGGAGGGUUGCCACCAACUCAGGAUUUUCGAUGUCAGUCAAUGCAAGAAUCUCGGACCCUGGCUAGAGGACGGUGGUGCCGUCCCCUAUCAGCGGAGAAUCGAAUUUAAAACUGUCGCCCCAAACAAGAAGGUUCCUCAAUGA